AACGUUCUGGAUUAUCCAACGCAUUUUUGUAGUCAAUGUUUUCAAUAUAUCAUGAUAUUUUGGUGCUAAAUUCAUAAAUACAGUAAUUACAACAUAACAUUACUGCGUAUUGAACUACUUUUUCUGUAAAAUUUGUUGUAUAACAUGAUGUUUUGGUGCUUAAUUUGUAAAAUCAUAACCUAAAUUGAUGUUUAAUAGGCUUUUCCUUAAUCUCUCCUUAUUAUCCAACAUAUCCGCUUAUCCAAAGUUCCACCGGCCCGUUUAUGUUGGAUAAGUGAGACCCUACUGUAUUUACAAAUUUAGCACCAAAACAUUGCAAUGUAUUGAAAACAUUUACAAAAACAUUGGGUACUAAAAGGCAGAUAGCGUUGGAUAAUACAAAACGUUGGAUAAGCGAGACUACUGUAUAACCAUCUUGUUGACCUAAGAGGGAAGGGGGGCAAUCAGGUGGAUUUUGAUGCCAAAUGAAGAUACCAGUUGAGCUUUUUCUCAAGCCAUCCUUCCCUGGAAAGGGUUUCUUCCUAGACUACAACUCCCGUCAUCCCUGAGCUGGCUUGACCAGUGACCCCCCUCCCGUUCUCUCUCCGGACAUGGAACUCUGGACCAACAUUCUAGAAAGGGAGCAACGGACGAGGCUGAGGGCCAUUUUGUCCCCUGGCUGGCCUUCCCUUUGGGCCGGACCCUUUGGCCCAAGGGUCCACGUUUGAGGCCGAGACGUGGCUGCCCACCCUUUCCAUCUUCUGAAGGAGGCAGAGAAGAGGCUGCUCAACGGCCAGAGAUCAGGGAGAGACAUCCCUGAGGCUCCUUCUGCCCCUCGCAAGGUCCCUGCAGCCGGAGAUGUACUGCUUCAGCAGCCAAAAGGUCCCCGCUGCCCAGUCCGUCUCCGACCGGGGGGAGAUGGUGUCGCCGCUGAACUGGGAGAGGAAGAGCGACUGCAAAGGCAUGCGGGGGGACAGCGCCUACCAGGGAGAGACCCUGUUAUGUGCCCCUUGCAGAAAAAGAAAGAGAAGCUGGCCCAGCAGCACAUGGAAACAAGGGCCGGUGAGGACCACCUGGCCCACGGAGAGGGAUGCUCGGAUCAGGUCGGUCGCUUGGAGGCCAAGGGAGUCCUGCAGCAAGGAGCCAAAGGAGAAGAAGACCCUUUGGAGGCAAGUCAAGGCUCUCUGGGAUGGCAAGGGAGGGGUGACUAGUUCACUGGCAAUGCGGGAAAGCUACUUUCUGUGUUGCCGAAGACUUUCAUGGCCGAAACCACUGGGUUGCUCUGAGCUUUUUGCGUCGUAUGGCUGUGUUCCAGCAACAUCCUCUCCUGACUUUUCACCUGCAUCUGUGGCUGGCAUCCUCAGAGGUUUGUUCAGAGGUCUGUUGGAAACAAGGCAAGUGGAGUGUACAAACAAUCUACAGACCCACCAAGAAAAUGCAACCCGUCCUGUUUUGUCUUUCAAGAACAGCCGUAAAACACUGUGGUAAGUAAAUGAAAACUGCUUUGCUGCAGCAAAACCAUAAAGUACAGCACACUCAGUGGAAUAAUGCAAAAGAAAGUAAAGAAAUCUUAGGGCAAACACAGUUCUUAAGUCUCUGAUAAAUUCCCAAAUCAAGUAGCAGUCUUACUUCAGACAAAGAAACAACAAUUAAUCCUUAGGAGUAGUUUCCCAGAUGCAGACUCGAAGCAGGCACAAGGGGAGUGAAGGCUU